GGGAAGGGAGAGGCUGUGCUUAUAUAUAAAGGACAAAACUCUCAGAUUAGUCUUUUUUUCUGGAGAAAUCAGAACCAAGAUUCAGUUUUUUGAGUAUGGCGCAAGAAAUUCCUGAACUACAUAUAUCUGAAGGUUAGAGAAAGGAUUAAGGGACCAGGAACAUUGCUCAAGACUCCAUCUCAAAGUUUUGGAAUAUACCAUGAAAAAGUAGGGUAUUGCAACCAGAUAAAUGAUGUGUACAGCCCUGAGCCCAAAAGUACGCAGCGGCCCAGGACUCUCAGAUAUGCAUCAGUACAGUCAGUGGCUGGCCAGCAGACAUGAAGCUAAUUUGUUGCCGAUGAAAGAAGAUCUUGCCUUGUGGUUGACAAACCUAUUAGGUAAUGAGAUAACGGCAGAAACAUUUAUGGAGAAACUGGAUAAUGGUGCCUUGCUCUGUCAACUUGCAGAAACUGUACAAGAGAAAUUCAGAGACAACACUGAUGCCAAUAAGCCAGUUAAGUGCCUGCCCAUGAGGAAGAUUCCAUGCAAAGCCAGUGCACCUUCAGGAUCCUUCUUUGCCAGAGACAACACAGCCAAUUUCUUAUCCUGGUGCCGAGAUGUAGGGGUGGACGAAACAUGCCUCUUUGAAUCAGAAGGUUUGGUUCUCCACAAGCAGCCUAGAGAAGUGUGCCUUUGUUUGCUAGAGCUGGGCCGGAUUGCAGCCAGGUAUGGUGUGGAACCUCCAGGUUUAAUAAAGCUGGAAAAAGAGAUUGAACAGGAAGAAACCCUUUCAGUGCCUUCUCCUUCCCCUUCUCCCUCCUCAACAAAGUCUUCUGGGAAAAAGAGCACGGGAAACUUAUUGGAUGAUGCUGUGAAACAUAUUUCAGAAGAUCCUCCUUGCAAAUGCCCAAACAAGUUCUGUGUGGAGCGUCUCUCACAAGGAAGAUACAGAGUUGGAGAAAAGAUCCUUUUCAUUAGGAUGCUGCACAACAAACAUGUCAUGGUCCGUGUGGGAGGAGGAUGGGAAACUUUUGCGGGCUAUUUGCUGAAACACGACCCCUGCCGCAUGCUCCAGAUUUCCCGCGUGGAUGGCAAGACCUCCCCCAUCCAGAGCAAAUCACCAACCCUCAAGGACAUGAAUCCAGAUAAUUACCUGGUGGUCUCUGCCCAUUACAAGGCCAAGAAGGAGAUUAAAUGAACACAGCUGGUCAUCACAAGGGACUUCACCGAGGCCCACAUCAGUUACUUCUCCAGUGUAGUCAGUGUAGUCCGUGUGCCUUGAAAGGACUUUGGGAAAUUGAACAAACCCCAACAGACAAUGGCAUUAUGCUUGAAGGAUCAUUAAAUUGUAGCACUAUUUAUUUCUAAAGCUUUUGUAGAAAAUGACCUCAUAGGUGAAAUGCUAAUAUCAAAUAUACUAGCCAAGUCUUAGAUGAAUCAUUACUCCUCCAUAUGUGAACAUUAUGUUUAGAAUGUUUUAAAAGACCUGGUUCUAGGUAAUUACAGAACCUUGUUAAGAGGAAAAAAAAACAACAAAACAAAACAAAAUUAAAAAAAAAAAAGAACAUUUAGGGUUUAAGUACAAGUCAGUGGAAUAUAUCUGCCCUGUUUCAAGCAUCCUAGACUUUUACACAUUGCAGGAUUUCUGAUCAAGCUUUAAAAAGAGAAAGUUAGCGUGAUUGUGUGUUACUAGACAAUCAAACACCACCAUAAAUAAACACGUUUUCCUGGAAGCCACUUCCCUUGAGUUUACAUUCACUUAGACAAUUGCCUUAAAGAUCAUCUCUUACUUAAAUGACCAAAUACUCUGGGGGUCCUAUCGAAAGUUACCAGUAUGCCCUUUAGGGAAAUGCUUGUGAAUUAUCUCACAAAAGUACAGUUGUAUAUUGACUAAUUUAGUACAAUCCACACAGGUAAUUUCCAUGUUGAUAUUUUGACAAUAAAUUGUACAGUUGAGCCUUCUUUUGACUUCCAUGUUAUUUUAAAAUAUUUUCUUGUCAAGAUAUGUUUCUGGGGUGAAUCCCUCUUUGCUGUGCUGUAUAGUGAAGUAAGUUCAUUGUGGUCAAUGACGGCAUGGACCAUUGUAUGCUGGGGCAGAACAGGUUUUGCUAAUAAAGACAGCAAAAUAAGCACCCCCAUUGAUCCUCAAAAUUAAAGGAAAAAAGCUUUAAA